AUGGCCUUACUUGCGAUCUUUGCCUUGGGCGCCAUUUUUCUCAUCGGCCGAGCGCUCCUUGUACCGCCGUCGACAUACCGGAAAGCCAGAGUUGAGUCCUUGGCUUAUGAAUCAGAUUUCCCCACACCAGGAGGCCUUGGUGCCUUUGCUGCGUCCUGUUUCAAGAUCAUUGAUUGGUUCCAUAAGAUUGGCGAGAUUGAAUCACUGGCAGAGCGCCAUGAAGUGGGGGAGAUCUUGCAUGAUCUGAUACAAAAGGAUGGAGCAGGAUCGUGGCCACCAAAUGCCAAUCAUGACAAUUCGACUUGGCCCGCAGCACUUCGAGCAUACAUGGAUAUAUACUUGGAAAUGGCGCCCCUUCUGCCUCAGGCGACGCCUUCUCUCGAUGACGAGGUAAACGUGGCGCGUAUUUCAGCGUUCCGGCUACGCUUUCAGGACUUGCUUCGUGAGAGGGUGGAUGUGGUCGCAGUGACAAAGCUUCUGGUAGCAGUCAGCGCAGGCGGAUGGGCUGAACUUCCUCGAGACGUAUACAAUGCGUUUUACUGUUGCAUAGCAUCAAGUCGACAUGCCUACAGGUGGGCUACGAUCCCAGUGGUAAAAGCAGCCCAGAUAGAGAAGGCAGUCAAUCUCCCCAUCGAGCUGAGAGAGCCAUGGACGCUGAUGCAACAGCACUUUGGCUGUGCCUCAGAAGCUGGCAAUAACACAAGCAACCUGGUUCUCAAGUUCGAUACGAACGGCACCUACAACUAUGAGAUCAACAGUGGCAUGGCAACCAAUGUGCUUGCGGGCGAAGAGACUUUUGCACGCAUCUUCUACGAUGUAGAAGUCUUCGGUGUGCCUAUUUACUGCGACAUGGUGCACGCCAUUGUCGCCUUCUCACGCAGCGACACAGCCGCCUGCGCCCAGCACGUCGCCAACAUGACAUCGCAGCUGCGGCUCGUCACAGGCAGCUACAUGGAGAACAUGCACGACAAGGUGAUUGCGCAGUCCGUCUGGCUGUCCAAAAUCCAGGGCUUCUACGGCUGGGGCAUCGGGUACUUUGACGCCGACGAGAACGCGUGGGAGAAAUUCGACGGGCUUAGCGGAAACCAGGUCUUGCUGUUCCAGGCGCUCGACGCCUUUCUGGGAAUCGACCAGUACCUCUCUGCGAGGGACCAGGAGAGAAACGUACCCAGGAGACAAAGAGACCUGUGCCAUGCGCUGAGGAAAUACUCGUUUCGAGGCGUGCUGAGCGAUGGAGGGGAAGAUGAGAAUGUGCACCGGAUUCUACGUGAUUUUGAUGCGAUUCUGAAGCGGCUGAGGUUAUUCUGUGCGACUCAUCGGACGCGGUCGAAGAUAUACCUCUCGCACCCUGCGCCUGAGAGACUGCCCAUGACGGCUGGAAAGUCGUUGCUCGCUCCGGAUAUCGGCGAAAGCCUGGAAUUUCUCGACACCUUCAUGGAAAGGCGGUUGGCGCAGACGGUGUAG